UGUGAGUUUUCUGUUACCCAUACUUUAUCUUCUUCUUCAACCACCUCGCUUUCUCUCUACUGUUUGCAGAGACGGAGGAGAGAGUUUUAGAGAGAGAAGGAAGCCAUGGAAAGGCUCCUCUCUUCUUCGUCUCCAAUCCCUUUGAAAUUCCAUUCCAACCCUUCUCCUUUCCUCCCUCGACUCGGUCGUACUGACUUUACCAAACUCAAUCUUCUCCCAUCUUCACGCCCCGAGUUAAGGCGGCUCAGCUCGUUGUUCUGCAAAUCUGAUGGUUCAUCGCAGGCUUCUUUUCCAUCUUCUUCUUCGUUCUCUUCUUUCUCUACGCCGACCAACAGCUUACAUGCUCUCUGUUUUUCGUCUUCUUCUUCCUCGGACGCCUCUUCAAAUGGGUCAGUGCCGGAAUCUUGAAAUCUCAAAAAGAUCUCAAAUGGGGCUUUUGGGAAGAGCAAGGAUUUAACUUUCUAUGUGAUCAUUGAUCCAACUAUGUGAAGGUGCUAAAACAUUUCCAUAUUGCAAACAUGUUUCAGGCCAUUACUGUAGGGGCAUACAUUAUGCUUUCUGCGCUCAUUAUGAUCUUAAUUCAACCAAUUUUCGCACCUGCAGCUUUUGCAACUUUUCAAACUGCAGCUAAGACAGGUGCCCCUGCUGCUGCUGCAGCAGUUGGGGGGACACUGAUUCGGACUGAACUGCUAAGUAGUGCAUGGACUGGUUUCUUUGCUGGUUGCUUGCACACUUUAUCAGGGCCUGACCAUCUGGCUGCUUUGGCCCCUCUUUCUAUCGGGCGUUCCUGGAUGGAAAGUGCAGCUGUUGGAGCUCUAUGGGGCUGUGGGCAUGAUGCUGGUCAGGUUAUUUUUGGAUUAAUAUUUCUGUUGCUCAAGGAUCGGCUUCAUAUUGAAGUUAUUCGAACUUGGGGGACAAGAGUAGUAGGCCUUACACUUCUUGUCAUUGGUGCUAUGGGCAUUAGAGAAGCUUCAGAAGUCCCUACCCCAUGUGUUGCAUUAGAGAAUGGUGAGUGUGAUGUUGGUGUUUAUGAAGCACUUGAAAACCCCACACUUGGUAAGAAGAAAAUUGGUUUUGCUACUUUUGCCACCGGAAUUGUCCAUGGGCUACAGCCAGAUGCACUGAUGAUGGUCUUGCCUGCUCUUGCUUUACCUUCUCGCUUGGCUGGUGCUGCCUUUCUGAUAAUGUUUUUGGUAGGGACUGUGGUGGCCAUGGGAAGCUACACAGUAUUCAUAGGAUCAUGUAGUCAGGCAUUAAAGGAUAGGAUUCCCAGAAUCACCGAGAAACUUACAUGGGCGUCUUCCAUUGUAGCCAUUGCUCUUGGACUUGCCAUCAUCAUCAGCCAGUUCUUUGGGUACAGCCUUUAUUGAUUUUUCUGACUUUGGUUUCAAGAUUCAUAUUUUGCAAGCUUCUCCUGGAGUGUUGGAAAAGAGCUCUUAUAGAGGAUCGACUGUUCAAGUUGUUUUAAGUGAAACUUCAUCAGGGGCAUCAUCUUUUGUCUUUAAGAGUAAUCGAGUAUGCUUUCUCGCCUUACCUUAUUAAAAGCUUAUGAGUUUUAGUAUUCAGAGGAAAGUCUUGUGCAUUUGUAAUUCUUUUAUGGUAGAUCGGAUUUCUUAAUCACUUUUGCUUUACUUUUAUAAUGUAAGAAACUAAGAAUGGUGCAAUUUAAUCCUUUUACCCCCUACAAA